GUCGUAUCAACUGCAAAUAUGUCGGGGCGUGGAAACUUGUAAUGCUGAAUGGUCAACAUGAUUGAGUUUGAGAGCGCCUUUACUAAGUGCAGUGAAGCAUGACAACUUCUUCAAAUGCUUUUCCAUGGCGGGUAGCACACAUAUACAAACUGUGACUUUGCACGACGAAAGUGUGGCGCUUUAUUUUGCUGCCCAUGCAAUACAGAUUUUUCAGGAAUGCGAGGCACACAAUAGAUACAGGCUCAACCUUGUUCCCAGACCCAGAUUUAUUUGCACUUCAUAG